GGCGCGGAGGGGCGUGGCCGGGGCGUGGCCGGGAUAUCUGGCGCGGGCGGGCCCCCCCCGCCGCUCAGUGGUCGGAGCCGGGCCGGUGCUAUGAGCGCGGUGCGGAGCCUGUGCACGCUGGCGGAGGUGCGGCCGGACGGCGAGAAUCCGGACAGUGUGAAAGUGCUACGGCUGACGUUGCAGAAUGACCUUCCAGGCAAGCAACGUGAUCAGGUGAAACAAAAGCCUGUUGGAAGGGCCUUUGCUAUGGUGGCCAACAGAUCAAGUAAUGGCCAUUCACUGGCUUCAGAAUGCAUCAAAUCAAGUGACGGUCACGAGGAGAUCAUCAAGGUUUACUUAAAAGCACGGGCUGAGGACAAGGUGAAGCAUGAACAGAAUGUCUGUCAGCUGAAAAGCGAAGUUCGUUACAUUCAAGAGGCUAGAAGUUCUUUGAAGAAGCUGCGAGAAGAUAUAAGUAGUAAACUUGAGAGCAGACAAGGAGCUAAGACUAAUCUGCAAUGUGCAAAGGUAAUGUUCGAAAAACAGAAUGGAAUCUGCAAGCCAUCAGCAUAUUGCCAUAGGAACUCCUUGGAGGAUCAGGAGGAUGAUUAUUCAGGAGAAGACAUAGAAAAAAUUCGUGAGACCGCAAAGAGACUUUUCACGAAAUUGCAGGAGGCUGAGAAACGGCAUCAGUCAGAUAAGACCGCUUUUGAGAUGACAACCUCUCAAUACCAGAAAGAAAUAGAGCAAACCAGUGCAGCUCUGAAGAAGGCUGAGGAGGGCAUGGCCGAGAAGGAAGUGAAGCUGGAGGAAGUGCAGAGGCUCAUGUCAGGGAUGGAGAAGGAACAUCAGAGUUUGCUGCUGAAGAUGAAAGAAGGUGAAGCAGAGCUGGAGAAACUGAGAAGCCUGCAAAAUGACAAGCUCGCCGAACAGGAUAGGUCGGCCAAACUGGAGAAGGAAGUGGCCACCUUGCGGGAGAAGAUACACCAUCUCGAUGACAUGCUGAAGAGUCAGCAACGCAAAGUCCGGCAGAUGAUUGAGCAGCUUCAGAAUUCCAAAACCGUGAUUCAUGCGAAGGAUGUGAUUAUUCAGGAGCUCAAAGAGAGAGUUGCCUACUUGGAAGCUGAGAAUCUGGAGAUGCAUGAUCGUAUUGAGCACCUGAUCGAGAAGCAAACCAACCCUGGCAGCUAUGGCACCAGAGCUCGCUCAAAAUCGGAGUCCGCGAGCAGUAAAAGGUUGGCGAAGCCCCUUGGACCUAAGCCCCUCCCUCUCAUCAGAGUGCUGGAAACAUGAGCUCUCCUGGGCACGGCUUCUGAAUGAAGAAACUCACCAUUUGCUACUGUCGACUGAACUUUACUGCCACCCCCUGUGCUUGCUGGACAAAUGGUGGGCAAUGCCUCCAGAGAACUGUAUGCUUUAAUGGCCAAGCUGUCCCCUGGGGUGACUGGCAGAGCAGCAAGGCCUACUGAACGGACAUUUCCACACUGCUGUCCCCAGGGGCUUCCACAGUCCAGCAGAAGCAAAUUUGUUGAGCAUGGUAUCUGAUGUGUCUGGGGAACAUCCAACCUGUGUGUGUAUAUAACAGACAGACCCCCUUGCACUCAGCCCCAGAGUUAGGCUGACUUUCCCUGGUACAGUUUGUUACUAUUUCUUCCUUUGCUUAAGCCUGAAAUUGCUCUAUGAGCAACUUACGAUACUAUACGCCUUCUUUAUUCCUCGGUGGAAUCCUGCUUUUUUUUAAUUGCAACUAACCAAGGUGGACUUAAAUUUUUAAUCUUUAAAAAAAAAAAAAAUCAGCACCCAAAAUCAUCUUCUUGAAAUCGGAUUCCCAUGUUUCUCCCCCAAUCCGCACCAAACCAGCGGACUCCAACUGAUGUCCUCUUAAGGUCUGGCUCCUCCCUCCUGUGGCCACUGCGAGUGGCUGUUCUUUGGGAUGCAUCCAACACCAGACUUUUCAAUAGUCUGUUGCUCAGUAGCAGAGAGAUGAAUCUUAAGCAGAUCUGUGUAGGUAUAAAAGAGGUUGUCCAGUUCCUACUUGUAUUUAUUUCAGUAAAUUAUUAGUGUCUUCAGAUUAGCUUGGAGAUGAGCACAAGUGCUAAUGCCAUAGUUUUUAUGUAGCAUAUUUAGUGCGUGCGUGUUUUUUCUGAUUUCAGUGGAAGAUACCAACCGGUUUUUCUUCUGGGCUUGAAAGUUAUUAUAUAACUUGUAUGUGAUUUGAAAAGAAGCAGCCUUCUCUUUUUUUCUACAUCUCUGGCAGAGGAAAGAUGUCACAUGUAUCUCUAUAUACUAGCAAAGAGAGGCAGAACCAGUUCUGUGAAAGGUACCUAUUGAAUAACCUCUUUAGUGCAGAAAACCAUAUGCCUUACAUAGCCGUCCAAAUAAUCUGUAGUGGAUUGAAUAAAUUAUGUAAAUAGUGCAUACGUGCUGGGAUGUAUGUGGAAUUUGUUGUGUUUUUAUACAUUAAUUAUGGGAAUUUGGAGUUAGGGUGGAUGUAAACAUUUGUGGGUCACUGAUCAGCAUCCAGUGGGAACAGUUUUCAGACACUACUAAUACCAGCAUCCUGGAAGUGAACGGCUCCAUGCCCCUGAGCUAUUCCGUCCUGUGCGGCAGCCUGCGCUGCGGCAUGUUUAAAGGUUUUAGACCAAUAGCCAUGGACUGCAUGGUUAGCCUACACCCAGUUCUCUCCCCCCCCCCCAACCAAUUCUUCAGAUUUCCAAGGGUUCUCAUCCCUGGGAGCACAGAUACAGUGCAAUGAAGGAAAGUACGUAUAGGUAUCGAAGAGCCCAGCACAGUAUGGCACAUCCCAGGCAGAUACAGUGCUCAGCUGUAAAGGAAGAAGGGAAGCCUGUCAGGUUCUUACAUCCUUAUUGGCUUGAGUGUUGACAGCUGGUGGGGAUGGAGGCAGACAGGCUUGCUGUAUUGGCCUAGAACAGCGAGUAGGAAAAUGGAAUCUCGGUCUUGCACAAUUAGUACAAGUCACAGGCUGAAGCAGAUGUUGACUCCAAAUAAUCCUGCGGAGGUAGGAAGAGAGCCUGAGAUAUAAGCUCUUGUAUUAGAGGCCUGGUAUGAGGCAGGACCUGCUCACAUAACUUGGCAAGAACAGGGCUAAUAUUGCAGAAAUACACAUUCCUAAGGAGUGCUUGUCACAGCACUCAUGCAAACCCAUCCCAACAUCAAGUAGCAUCAGAACAUCCCGCUAUUAAGGAUGGUACAAAAACAUUUCUCAAGGAUAACAGGAACACACUGACCCCUCCUAAAAGAUAAGGUCAGGAUGACAGUAUGUGAUAGAGAUGUUUUAAUUGAACCAAUAUGUACAAUGAUGAGUUACUGCCCCCUAAUGGGGUUAGUUAUCAAUGUCCAAGGGGCAGUACUAACUUGUUUGUAUUAGGGUGUAAAGAUGUAUCUCAGAGGGAGUAUCUUUGUCUGGCUUAGGGAGGAACAGAAAGUCCCACUGUUCGCUGAGCUGGUCCGUUGUUACGGGCAUAACGUAUUAAUGGUCCGAUAGAGUCUGCGGGAUACUAGUACUGUGCUUCAUCGACAAUAAACCUGGCUGGGUGCCUUCAUCCCUUAA